AAAUUGCCAUUUGAUUCCCCUUUGAAAUAUUUUGCAAUAUACCUCUCAACCCAAAAUGUCGAAAACACAGCUCACUGUAGUUUGCAGCGCUGUUUUGGUUUUUACUUUGUUAUUACAAAGUAACAUUUGUAGCGCCGCCGAGUGGUUUGUUGGUGAUAACGCGGGUUGGGGUUAUCAUGUUGCCGGGUGGGAAGAUGGCAAAAGUUUCAAAGCCGGCGACAUUCUUGUUUUCAACUAUCCUCUAGGAAGUCACACCGUAGUUCAAGUGAACAAGGCUAAUUACGAUUCAUGCACUCCUUCAGGGACUACAUUUGCAUCAGGACUUGAUUUUAUAACCCUCAAACCAGGAUUUAACUACUUCAUUAGUGGGAUUUCUCCUGAUUGCAGCAAUCUUGGAAUGAAGAUUGCUGUCAAUGCUGCUUAAAUUAGUCUCUCCUUUGUUGGAGACGAGAAUUCUUUUGAACCCCUUAUAACUAUUUUAAUUUGUUUUAUUUUUUGCUAGACACUAAUUGUAAUGUAAUUACAUGAAGGUUCUAUUUGAAAUUUGAUGUAUAAAUAUUAUGAUAAAAUGGUAACAAGAGAAAACAAAA